AUGGAGUCAAUUACCAUGGACCAUCCACUACUGGAGAAACUGCCGCCCCAGCUGGGAAACUAUGUGCUGCAGGAGAUCCUUGGAUAUGGAACCUUUGGAAUUGUUGUUCGAUGCUUGAACACCAGGACUGGAGAAAUUGUGGCACUCAAAAUAUUUGAAAACAACAGUGAGGAUAUGGAGAGAGAACUUGAUAUCCUCCAGCAUCUGAGCAACAGCAUAGAUCCAGACAAAGUGAACAUCAUCAAAUGCUUUGAGCAUUUCCGACAUGAGGAUUAUGAGUGCAUUGCCUAUGAAGUUCUGGACCGCAGUUUAUAUGACUUCAUCAGGCAUCGUCAAAGGCCUUUUGCACUGAACGAGUUGAGACCCAUAACUCAACAGCUCCUUGUGGCCUUUGAGGCGCUGACAGAGGCACACGUGGUACAUGCUGACAUGAAACUAGACAAUAUAAUGUUAGUUAACCACAAAGAUCAGCCUUAUAAAGUGAAGCUGAUCGACUUUGGCUGCGGAGGCUUCUUCUCCGAGCUGGAACAGGGCAUACUCAUUAUGACAGAUGGGUAUCGUGCUCCGGAGGUGACCCUAGGUGCUCCACUGUCUGGGGCAUUGGAUAUGUGGACCCUGGGCUGCAGCUUAGUAGAGGGCUUCUUGCACUGCCAACCUUUCUCCAACAUAUCUGACUAUGACAACCUAAGGACCAUCAUUCGCUUGGUAGAACAACCCAGCAAUGAGAUGCUCAACCGAAGCUUGUAUGCUGAAAAGUGCUUUCUUGAAAGUAGAUCCCAGUGGUCUUUGAAGACACCCUUUGAGUACCAGGCCUCAAACUGGAAAAAGCCUGAUAUUGGUGUGAGUCCUUUGGAUGACGCUCCAAAUCUUGAGGCCGCGAUUAUGUACGGCCAUGAAAAUAUGGACGAGGAUGUGCAGUCGGACCUGACGGCAUUUAUGGAUUUACUUAAAAGUCUGUUGCAGACGGAUCCAGAGAAGAGGAUAACUCCCAGUGAAGCACUGAGGCAUCCGUUUAUUACUAUGGAACAUUUAGUGAAUGUUGAUACUGAAUAUGUCACUAUUGCCCGUGAAUUGAUGUCGGUGACUCUUAACACCUCAGCUUCUGCUCUGACAGAAAACAAAGAAAAUGUAAAUGCAGAUCAGCCUCCACAGCUCUCUGCUGCUGUAGCGGAGGGAUCUGGCCCAUCUUUUGGAAAUUACAUCGAGAUAUCUCCUGAAGAGAAGGUGAAUGAGGCUCCCCCGGAGCUAAAGGACUGCAUUGGUAUUGAAGAAAAAGUUAUUCUCCCAAAAGACGUGGUUAUCUGCCCUGAACACCAUGAGGAGCAGCUCAACUCAUGUUCCAUUGAGGUCGACCAAAAAACCCAGAUUGACAAAGAGCCAGAACAUGUUCUCGAACAUGUCGAGAUUGAAAUAGCAGACUAUUCUGAAGAUGACACUAAUGAGCCAUCGAACAGCACCUCCUGUUGGUCAGCUGUGAGAACUCUCUGCUUUGGAGGUGCUCUUACACUACAGGCUGCCACUUGUUUUGCGCUGACACGCUCUCCCUUGAUUACUGGCGCUGUGGUACUACCCAUGAUGAUUUAUGGAGGAAUAGAAUAUCUCACAUCUAAAAGGACUGCAGCAGAAACCUCCACCUCAAGCACCAGCAAAUAA